GCGGCUUAUCCUUAAAUGCCUUUAAAAGCAAUUUUACCGCAUACAUACACACACCUGACCGGAGAAGAUCGAAGGAGAGAGAGCAUUUUCAAAGAGAAGAACUGUUUAGAAGCGGAGCUAAGAAGCCGUCUUAGACGUAAAAAAAGCAAAAUUUCAAAUAUGAGUAAAAGAGGUAUCUUAGAGCGCCUGGCAGAGGGAGUGGUGAUUGGUGAUGGAGGCUUUGUGUUUGCCCUGGAGAAGCGUGGCUAUGUGAAGGCGGGACCAUGGACUCCUGAGGCCACAGUGGAGCAUCCAGAAGCUGUUCGCCAGCUUCAUCGAGAAUUUCUCCGGGCAGGUUCAGAUGUGAUGCAAACAUUCACAUUCUAUGCCAGUGAUGACAAACUGGACAACAGGGGAAAUGAGGCAGCAUCAAAACACAGCGGAGCUAAAAUAAACCAGGCUGCGUGUGAGAUUGCCCGUGAAGUAGCCAAUGAGGGGGAUGCCCUUGUUGCAGGGGGAAUAUGCCAAACCCCAAGCUAUCUCUCAGGAAAGACCAAAGCAGAAGUUCAGCAAGAAUUCAGAAAGCAGCUUGAUGUUUUUAUCAAAAAUGACGUCGAUUUCAUGAUUUGUGAGUAUUUUGAACAUGUGGAGGAAGCAGAAUGGGCAGUAGAGGUGUGUAAGGAAAUGGGAAAACCAAUAGCUGCCAACCUGUGUAUUGGUCCAGAGGGCGACAUGCAUGGUAUAUCUACAGGAGAGUGUGCCGUCCGUCUUGCCAAAUGUGGGGCAGACAUUGUUGGCGUCAAUUGUCAUUUUGAUCCCUUUGUCUCCCUUGAAGCGAUUCGUCUGAUGAAGGAAGCUCUGGACAAGGAAGGACUGAAGCCCUACCUCAUGUGUCAGCCACUAGCCUAUCAUACACCAGACUGCAACAAGCAGGGUUUCAUCGACCUCCCAGAGUUCCCAUUUGCAUUGGAGCCACGCCUGUCCACAAGAUUUGACAUGCACAAGUAUGCGCGCCAGGCCUAUGACCUGGGAGUACGUUACAUUGGCGGUUGCUGUGGGUUUGAGCCGUAUCACAUCAGAGCUGUGGCUGAGGAACUGGCAGAGGAGAGGGGAUGUAAACCAAAGGGCUCAGAAAAGCACGGCGUAUGGGGCAGCGAAUUGCGCAUGCACACCAAGCCGUGGGUCCGAGCAAGGGCCCGUCGUAACUACUGGGAAAGCUUGAAUCCAGCCAGUGGACGGCCAUACUGUGCAUCCAUGUCUAAGCCUGCAGCAUGGGGUAUCACUCAGGGACACAAGCAUUUGACUCAACAUACGGAGGCAACCACCACUGAUGAGCUCAGUGAACUGUAUUCCUUCAAGAGUUGAACAUGUUGACAUAAUAGCACUAAAGUGCACUUUCAGUGUGUAAAAAUGAGCACAAAAAGACAUUCCAGAUGAACCUAUGUCUGCAGCACCCCAACUUUUGUUGGUUUUUAAAAUACUUUAUCUGAAGGUUUUAUGGGGGAAGUUUUCUCUUUUAAAAAUAUGUUGAUUGAAAUUCAAUCAUUUUAUUUGAAACCAGUAAUUAUUGACAUGUUAUUAAUGAUUGUACAUUGUUUCUAAUAUUAUUGAUUUUAAAGGACAUCAAAAUUGAUCAGGUUUUACUGUAAAAUUUUAACAUUAACAUUUGCUAAUGUAUGUAACAUAUCAAUUUUAUAAUAAACUAUUAUUUUACUG